AUGUAUAAAGUACUACGUUCAUAUUCGAAAAAAGCGGAACGUAAACAUGAAUUGACUCGUUCAAAUCAAGCAAAUUCAUAUGGAUAUAGUGCAAAUGGUUAUAAUACGGGAUUAUACGGAAGAGGAGUUGAUGAGAAUAUUUAUGGUGAUGAACAGCAACAACAAGUAGCAAUUGAUGGAAGAGAGAGGAAUGAAUGGAAUGUAGGAGUAGGAGGAGCGGAAGGAAGAGGAAAAGCAUUCUCUGAGAGUUCUUCAUAUGAAGCAAGAGAACAUUUCGAACGUAAAGUUAAACGUGUUAAAAAAACACGUGCUGAACGUGAUAGUACUAGAAAAUCGAAAAAGAACAAAACAGAAAUGUUAUUAUCGCCACCACAAUCAGUUAAUAACAUUGAUAUGUUAUCAGCGAAAGAUGCGUUAUUAGAGUGGGCACAAAAUGUUACACGUGGUUAUCCAGGUGUUCACGUGAAAAAUUUUUCAACAAGUUGGCGUGAUGGCCUUGCAUUUAAUGCUAUUUUACAUCGUUAUCGGCCAAAUAGCAUUAAUUGGAAUAAGAUAAGUGAUAGUAAUGUGAAAGCACAAGAUCGUCUUAAUAAUGCAUUUAAUGUUGCUGAAAAAGAAUUCGGUGUAUCACGUUUAAUUGAUGCUGAAGAUGUCGAUAUUGAUAAUCCGGACGAAAAAAUUAUCAUAACAUAUCUUUCAUCGUUAUACAAUGCGUUACCACAUUCAUCGUUAUUGUAUAAGGGAUCAUUGUCGGAUAUAAUAAGUCGACUUACUCGCGGAAUUGGUAUAACCAAUGAAAAACUCGAUCAUAUUCUUCAAAGAAUUGAGGAAACUGAAGUAAAAGUGGAAACGUUACGUACAACUGACUUACAGCGAACUAUCGAUAUGAUUAUCGAUGAUUUGAAUUUACUUGAAACACCAAUUCUCGAAUUUUUCGAUGAUGUUGAACAAUUAAAGCAAAAUAAACACCCAGAAACUAAUGACUUUUAUCAGCAAGUAUAUGGACUUGAACAACGACGUCAGUCAUAUUUGACGAGAAUUCGGACACAAUUCAUAACAAAAUUAGGCCUUCGUUCAGAAUUACUUUUACGUGAAAGUGAAGAACGACGUGAAUCGAUUCGACGUUCAACGUUUAAUCGUGUUGAAGAGUGCAUACAAUGGGUUCGUACACGACUGGACAAAUUAUCGGAAAUGGAGUUUUAUCACGAAUUAAAAGAACUCGAAAAUAUGUUUGAAGAGCAUAAAAUUGAUAAUCAUGAUAUUCAAGAUUUUCGCCAGAAUGUUGACGAAUGUAUUGCUCGACAGGCAGAAAUAUGUGCGGAAGAUUCACAUGAAUAUUGCGAAUUACUAACGACUCUGGAAAGUGAGUAUCAACAAUUAAGGGAUUUAUCGGCUGGUCGAAUGCUUGAUUUAGAUACGUUAAUCGCUUUUAUACGUGGUGUUGAACAGGAAUUAAUUUGGAUAAAAGAACGUCAGGAAAUUGAAAUUUGUCGUAAUUGGUCCGAUAUUAACCAACUCGAUUUGCCAAUGCUCCAUAAUUAUUAUAAACAACUUCUUCAUGAAAUUGAACUCCGCGAACCGAUAUUUAACGAUGUUCAUAAUAAAGGAGCAGCAUUAGUGAAUCAAGGGCAUCCAGCAAAUUACGUGAUUGAGUCGUAUUUACGUGAAAUGCAACGACAGUGGGAUAUAUUGCUUUCACUUUCCAAAUGUCUUGAACAACAUUUACGUGAUGCAAAUAAUUUGAAAAUGUUUAUGGAAGAUGCGAAAGCUGCAGAAGAAUGGAUGUUAAAACAAGCAGAUUUAUUAGAAAGGAAAUAUAGUAGAAAUGAUUUUGCAUUGGAUGAAGGUGAACAAUUACUUCAUGAAUUGGAUGAAAUAAAUGAUUUAUUGAAGAAAUAUCAUAGCCUUUUAAUGAGACUUACUGAUCGGAGUGCUGAUAUAUCACCGUUAUGGCAACGUGGUGAACGUGUUGAACAACCGAUUCCUGUCACAGCUAUCGCAAGUGGAUAUGUCGUUCAUGAGGGCGAUGAAUGUAUGUUAAUUGAUAAUUCACAUCAUCAUCCGUGGGUAUUAAGCGGUGGUCCUGAAAAUACCAAUUUUUCGGAAUAUUCCGUUUUCUUUCGAAUUCCACCACCUGAUUCUCGCCUCACCACUUAUCUUAAUCGUUUACAUGCCAAUUUCGAUAGACUUCGACGAUUAUGGGAUAAAAAACAUCGAUUAGUUCGAUUGAAUAUGGUGCUGAAUACAAUGGGACAGAUUCGUGGAUGGGAUUUGGAUACAUUCGCGUCGAUUCCAGCCGAUGAAAGGGACGCAAUAAUUAGAGCACUAAAUGACGAUGCACAAAAAUUACUCGCUGAAUUAGAUGCAAAUGAUCCAUUAGCGAUUCGACUUCGUGAAGAAUUGCGAUUAACCAAUGAACAUUUCUACGAUUUAUUGAAUCAAAUGAAUCGACCAAAAGAACCGAAUACAAGCAGUCAAUUCGAUGAGGAAGUUGCGAAAUUAUUGAAUAAAUUAAAUGAAGCAAAUCGGAAAUUAAAUGAUCGUGUUACGCAGAGUAUGCCACGUUCGGUGAACGAUUUAGAACGCCUUAUUUUGGAACAUAAAGAUUUUGAAGAAGCCUUGCAAGGAUUAGAUGUGGACAUAUCAACAGUUAACGAGCUUUUUCGUCAACUCGCCAGUCCAACUCCUUCGCAAAGAGCUAAUCAUGAUCAUUUAAAUGGACUUUGGGAGGAUAUAUGGGAAUUGUCGAGGAUGUACGUUGAACAUUUGAAAGCGUUAGAAGGAGUUAUGAAUGGCAUAGUUGAGGUGUCAGAUAUUUUGCGUCAACAUGAAAUAACAUUGAAUUCUUAUGAUGAUUUACCUGCAUCGCUCGAACGUCUCCGUGGUGUUCAUUCGCAGUUAUUAGAAAUGAAUAUGGUUCUUCAACAACAACAGAGUAUUGUCGAUUCUCUUAAUCGAAAUAUUGCGUUAUUGCGACAACACGCAUCACGUACACGUCAAUCUUCAAACCAUCCCGAUGUCGAUCGUCUCGAAGAUGAAAUACAAAACUUAACGGUACGUUGGGAGAAUAUUUGUUCGCAAGUGGCGGAAAGAAUGAAAAGUGCGGAACGCGCAUUGCAAAUAUUAAUGAUCUAUCGUCCGGAAUAUGAAAAUGAAUUGGCUUGGUUGGAUAAAGUUGAAGAAACAAUUAACAGUCUGCGACGACCAGAAGAUUUAUUGCCUGAGCAAUAUCAACAGCAGCUCGAUCAACUUGUUGCUGAUUAUAAUCAGCUUCAAGAAAGAACGGAAGCGAUAGAAAAUGUUAAUAGGGAAGGCGGAAAAUUCAUUCGUGAAGCAAAGAGUUACGAUAGUCGUUUAUCGCAAUAUACGGACAAUAUAAUAACUGUUCAUGGACCGAGGAUAAAGGAUGAAUUUCGUCGUACCCAACCGCAACCAAAGAAUGGUGCUCAACAAGUCACCGAAGAAUUAGAAAAGCUGAAUCGCCGUUUUGCCCAAUUGAGUUCACUUAUUUUAGAAAAACGUAAUGUGAUACAGGUGCUUAUACAAAAUUGGAAACGAAAAAAGCAGGAGGAAGAAGAUCGAUUAAGAGCUGAAGAAGAGGAAAAACGUCGUCUUUUUGAGGCAGCAAGACUUAAGGCAUUAGAAGAUGCAGAUCGUUUACGACGCGAAAGGAAGGCUGCUGAAGAUGCAAGGCGUGCCGCAGAGGAAGCUGAACGACUUAGACGAGCUCGUGAAGCUGCUGAAGAAGCGAAGAGAAGAGCUGAAGAAGAAGCAAGGAGGAGAGCUGAGGAAGAAGCAAGGAGAAGAGCUGAUGAAGAAGCAAGAAGACGGAAGCAAGCCGAAGAAGAUAGAUUAAAGAGAGAGGAAGAGGAUAGGAGAAGAAGGGAAGAAGAAGAAAGAAGGAAGGCUUUAGAAGAUGCUGAACGACGAAGACGAGAAGAAGAACUUAAGCGUAAAAAAGAAGCUGAAGAUGAAGAAAGGCGUCGUCGUGAGGAAGAACGACGUAGACGUGAAGACGAAGAACGUCGUAGACGUGAAGAAGAAGAACGCCGUGGACGUGAAGAAGAAGAACGCCGUAGACGUGAAGAAGAAGAACGUCGUAGACGUGAAGAAGAAGAACGUCGUAGACGUGAGCAAGAGGAACGUUUAAGAAAAAUGCCAGAAAUUCGACAUGGAAUGCAACAAGCAAUUGUGCCUGAGGGUAUGGAGGCAGAGGAAUUUGAAGAACUUAGUAAUGUACCCGCUCGAGCUACAAUAGCUGAACACGAAGACGAAAUGCAGAUGUAUCAAGAAGAGACCAUAACAAAGACACAGUUCUAUGAAAUGGAAGGCGUACUUCAUAAGCAGACUGGUGAAAUUCUUACUUUUGUUGAGGCUGUACGUCAAGGACUUCUUGAUCUGCACUCAGGUGGUGGUGAAUUUUACGAUAUUGUCUCUGGUGCUAGAAUAAGUUUGGAGAAAGCAGCGGAAUUGGGAUAUAUCGAUGGAGGUUUUCACGAAGUGUUGAAUGCUCAUCACGGGAUUCGUCAUCCAGAAACUCAACAAAGUCUUUCAUUGCUAGAGGCAAUCCAGAUUGGUCUCUACGAUCCAGAUAUUCGACAGCUAAGAGAUAUAAAUACAGGCGAAAUUUUAUCGAUGUAUGAUAGUAUAUUUCGUGGUAUUAUCACUCUUGAUACUCAGCAUAGGCUUUUAAAAAUGGGUGUACUUAAAUUACCACCAAUGUCUUUAGAAAAUGCGAUUGAACAAGGAGUAGUAAAUCCAGAAAGUGGGCAUUUCACGGGUAAAUAUACUCGAGAAAUGAUGCCUUUGAAAGAAGCAAUUUAUAAUGGCUAUAUUCAGAUAAAAUCUGGAAAACCAAGUCCUAUGAUUGCGAUAUGUCUAACGGACUGUAUACAACUUGAGCUUAUUGAUGCAUUUUCUGGCGAAUUUAAAGAUAAAUUUAGUGGUGAAAAAAUAAGUCUGCGUGAUGCGGUUUCUAAACAAAACAGUCUAAUUAAUCUUCAUGUUCCCGAAAUAAUCCGAACCGAUGAAGGUAUUCGAGUUACGCUUGGAGAGGCAAUCGUUCGUAAUGCAAUAAAUACUCGUCAAGGCAAUUUUACAGAUUUGCAAAAAAGUCAAAGUCUUUCUCUUCAGGAAGCUUAUUCACAAGAUCUUAUCCAGAAACCAAUGACUUUGACUGAAAUUAAUGCUAAGGGUCUUAUCGAUUCUACAAAUAAAUUUAUUGAUGGAGGUACAAAGCAUCGAUAUUCUUUACUCGAAGCUAUUGCCGCUGGCCUUAUCGAUGCAGAAGUUCGGCACAUUGUCGAUCCCGAUGAGAAGGAUGUUAUCUCAAUUGCGGAAGCCUUAGAACGCGGCCUUUUAGAACCCGAUGGAAAUAUUGUGCUUCCUAAUCAACAGAAAAUUUAUUCGAUCGCUGAAGCGGUUAGUGAAGGACUACUCAUUAAACGUGUUCGUCAUACCAUUUUUGAUGUAAAAGGUAUUAAAAAUACCAAAACAAAAGAGAAUUUGACUUUUAAUGAAGCCGUGGAGGCUGGUGCAGUUAUUUUACAAGCAGAACGCAUUGUUGAUCUCGCUAAUCACGACAGUUUUUUGCUUGCCGAUUCGGCUGGUAAAGAUCUUAUAGAUCCAGUGUUGCAUGAAUUAUUGAGUACUCCAUUAGGAAUAAAAAAUCAUUCCGGACAAGAUUUGUCCGUUUUUCGAGCAGCCGCCAAAGGUUUCAUUGAUCCACUGAAAGGUGUGUUUAUCGACAAAAAAUUGAAUAAAGAAUUAAAUCCGAAGGAUGCAUAUGAUGCUGGUUAUAUAACUUUACGUGGUGCUUUAAAAUUAUCAGCCUUGUUCGACAUUCAUCCAUCUCUCGUUACGCCUGUCAAGAAAGUUGACUUUAAACGUAGGAUUCAUCGUCCAGGAGCGAAAAAAUACGAUUUGGCAUCAGAUCAGAUAAAAGUUACUCUCGCAGAAGCAAUGAAACAAGGGCUUGUCGAUUCAAAAACACACCGAUUCCGACAAGGUGAGACUGAAAUGAGUUUUGAAGAUGCUCUCAGUCGAGGAUUAAUUCAUCCAUCAGAUGAAUGGAUUGUUCCUUCAAAAAGUGCUGGAGUAGGGCCAACUAUUGAAGAACGUAUAAGUGAGACGGUUUCUGAAACUGGUCAGCAAUUAGCGCCCAAAUUCUACCCUGAUAAAAAUAUCGAAGAAACCGUAACAACAAUUAAGCGAAUUAAGAAAGCAGAAACUACAGCUGUAGGCGGCCCAGGUGGUGUUUCUGUUUAUAGAGCUAUUACUGGUGGUAAAGGAACGAUUGAAGUUCCUAUUGAUGGUUACCAUCUUAAUGAAGCUGAAAGAUUAGGCUACAUCGACUUAGCAACAGGAAUUAUCGUUCCUCCGAAUGUGGAUCGGACGCUUUCUUUAGAAGAAGCCUUCGAAUUGGGAGUAAUUAAUAGUAAGAAUAUUAAAGUGCUUGACCCACAGACAGGAACCUUUAUUCCUGUCAUUAAAGCUAUGGAGAAGAAAAUUAUGGAUAAGAAUGGUUUUGUCAAAAGUGGUGAUCGUAUGCUAAACUUGCAAACUGCAAUUGAACGUAAGCUGAUAAGUGUGGAACCAGAGCCGCCAUCAUUACCAUCAACUUCUCCGAAGAAAAUUAUACAGUUCUCAGCCGGUACAGGUGCUAUAAUGAGUUUCCGACCAGUCGGUACUGCAACCGUUGAUGAAUCCGAACAAGCGUGGUCAUUUGAUUCAACCACUGGCGAAUUAUUUGAUCAUAUUGGGGGAGAACGCAUUUCACUUGAUGUUGCCCUUCGUUCCGGUAAAAUAACCACGGACGAUCUUCGCGUAAGAGAUGCUCUAACUGGUAGAGAAAUGUCAUUUGAAGAAGCUGAAAAAUGGGGAAUAGUUGAUUCAAAAAAUCUUUAUUUCUUUGACAAACAAGACAACAAGCGAUAUUCAUUGACUGAAGCAGCUCAGCAACAUCGCAUUUUUCCAACCGGUGGUGUUCCUGAAAAUGCUAGUGAUGCUGUACAUACUACGUAUAAAAUCCAAAAACGCACAGAAGUCUCGAAAAAAGAAGCAACAACAAGUGGCCCAGCCGCCUUCAUCGAUCAAACACUUACCAAAGCGAUCGACUGUGGUUGGUAUGAUAAAACAAGUGGCAGAUUUACGCAUCCAGAUACUGGCAAGCAAAUGAGUCUCAAAGAAGCCAUAAUAAAAGGCUUAUUCAACCCAUACGGAACGACUAUUAUUGAUAAACGUGGCCAGCGUGAAUUAUCCUUGCUUGAAGCCAUUCAAGAAAAUAUAAUUAAUGAUAACACUGGCGAGUUGCUGGAUACAUCUACCGGAAAGUCUGUUGAUCUAAAAACAGCCAUGCAAGAAGGAUUAAUUAAAGGAUGUAGUGUUCCUGAUAGUCUUGAAGGAGCGAUUGUAAGCGGUAAAUUAGAUUUAGCUACAGGAAAGUUUAGCACACCGGAUGGGCAUGCCAUUACCCUCCAAGAAGCAAUCAAGUCUAAUCUAAUCGACUCAAAAAGCAUAGUAAUUCGUGAUCCAGCUACUGGCGAAGAAAUGACAUAUUCAGAUGCAGUUGAUAAACAAAUAUUGAAUCCUAAUGAAGGAACCGUAUUUAACAAAAAUACAUAUGAAUCGAUAUCUUAUCCACAGGCUUUAGCAAGAAGUGUAUUAGUGGGUGCUGGAUCGAGACAUUCUCAAGAUACACAGAAACGUACUCAUCCUCCUCGUCUGAUUGAGCAAAAACUCCAGCUUACACCUUACGUCCAACCGUACGAUCAAAAACAAAUUGUAAGCUUAAAAGAGCAACGUUCGAUUGGACCAGGAAGACAAGAAAUGGUCGAUCUUGGUGGUGGUAAACAAGUUAUGGUUAAAGUUGUACGUGGUGAGGGUGGAAUUGAAAAAGGAGAAUAUAUUGAUCCACUGUCUGGAAUGAAAUUUACUAUUCAAUUGCAUGGUGAUCCAUAUGUAACGGAGACCAAAACUGUUGUUAAAAGUACCGCGCAAGUACAUUCAGUACAAUUGGAACCUCAUGCAGAAUUCGUUGGAAUCGAUAAAAUACGUGAUAAACGAACUGGUCGUAUAAUGUCGUUACAAGAUGCUCAACGCCUUGGUAUUGCACAAGUUGAUAAGAAAGGAAAACAAAUGACAAAAACUUAUUCAGUUUUUCGUUCAAAUAUUCAGAAUGCAAUAACGAAAGGAGUUGUUGAUUCGCAUGGCGAAAAGAUCAGUUUAGAAGAUGCGAUUCGUGCGAAAUUAAUCGACAUAAAGAAUUUGACAUAUCUGAAUUCGAAAACAGGUGAAGCAUUAACAUUCGCUCAAGCUGCAAAUAUGGGACUUCUUGAUGUGACAUUGUCUGAAAUUCUGCCGAAAGGUGUUUGCCAUCCAGCGAACGGUGAAAAAAUCUCAACUGAAAGAGCGAUAAAUCUUGAUAUUAUUAAUCCAAAAACGGGCGAAGUUCGAAAUCCAUUUACAAAAGAGAAACUGAGCUGGCUGGAUAUUUUGAAGCCUGUCUAUGCGAGUUUAACGAUGGAAGGAGUUUAUGAUCCAACGAAAGGCUAUGGCGUACCAGUUUCAAGUGCUCUGAUAGAAGGCCUAAUUGAUGCAAAUACGGGGCAAUAUUCGAAUCCAAUAACAUUUGAAAAAAUUUCUCUCAUGGAGGCAAAAAAUAAAGGACUUAUUGAUGAGGAAACCUAUAAGGCAAUAACGGAACCAUUUUUGAUUGAUUUUAGAACGAAGCGCAAAUUGAAUUUAAUUGAAGCGGUAAAAACAAAAUUAAUUGAUCCCAGAAAUCGUACAAUACAAUUGGAUGAAGGUUUAAUUAUACCAGUUGCUCGUGCAACCGCUGAAGGUAAAAUUCCACGAUCAAUUGGUGAACGAUUGAAAAAAGUCGAUAAAUUGACUUUCGCUGAAGCAUUAGGAAAAGGAUUAAUAGAUGUGGCGCAAAAUAAGUUCAUAGAUCCGGAUUCGGGUCGUCCUAUGUCGAUAAAUCAAGCGAUAGAAGAAGGCUAUAUCGAUACAGGAAAUGUUGAAUCAAUCGAGGGAUCGGAUCAACGAAAUUUAGCGAAUAUUUUACACUCAGAAGAAUUUGAUGAAAAUUCUGGACGUAUUCGUGAUAAAAAAUCCGGAUUAUAUUUGACAUUUAAAGCGGCUGUCGAACGUGACAUUAUUGAUGGCGAUUCAUUAUUUCAUGAUAUUGACUCGAGUCAUACGAUGACGAUUCGAGAAGCAUUAAAUCGUGGUAAAGUUGACGCAGAUGGCAAAUACGUCGAAAUGAAAACAAAUACGAAGAUGAGUCUAAAAGAUGCAAUUGCAUACGGUCUUAUCGCAUUAAUUCCAUCACCAAUGCAAGCGGCACAAGCCGUAACUGAAGCAGUUAAACGCCGAGAAACUGAAGGCUAUAAAUUUAAAAUUGGUGCUGUCGAUGAACGAAAACCGACAUCGGUUGGACCGCGCUUUAGAGAAGAAUCGACUGUCAUAAGACUUUCGCAGCCACAUAGAGUAGAACCAGGUUUGUCAGUAAGAGUAAGGUCAAGCUCCGAAGCACAAUCCACUGGAAGUCGUGCUCGAAGCUUAAUCGAUGAUCCACAAGCACUUGCUGAUUUGCAACACGAAUUUUUAGAUAGUUUAAUUAAAGAACAAUUUGAUAUUGAAAAGCAGCUCAUAGAGAAUCCAGCAACUUCAAAACGAGUUUCUAUACGUGAAGCAGCCGAAUCUGGUUUAUUAGAUGUUGUUACGGGAGAAAUGGUACAUCCUUUGUCCGGCAGGCGUUAUUCUAUUCCUCGAGCAGUUCAUAUGAAAUUAAUUGAGCCAGAUGUUGCGAAAUGUUUAAUGGAAUCAUUAAAUCUAUCAUUAGAAGAACUCGGUCAGUCAGCUUCUAUAAGUCUCGACUCGCCAGCUGGUCUUAGUCCAUCUGAUCCAAGUGUUAAGGUUUGGACAAAAACUGUAAGUUGGCAUGGUCAACCCUCUGAACUUCGUCAUUCAACUGAUCCAUUAGCUCCGUACACCACUUAUACUUCAUCAUCGUCGACGAGGUCCUAUGAUGCUCCAUCGUGGGCACGACAAGAUCAUUAA